AUGUCAAGGAAAGCGACGGUGGACGAGCAAAUUGGCAGUGUCACUGACCCAAGGGAUUAUAGGAAGACGGUAAUACCAGAACUGCAAGAUAUCGACACUUUGCUGCGAUGUAACAUCUGUAAGGGAUUUCUGAAGACGCCAGUAUUGACUCCCUGUGGUCACACUUUCUGCUCGCUGUGUAUCCGGGAAUACUUAAACCGAGAGCAGAAAUGCCCGUUAUGUCUGGCCGAGCUAAGAGAGUCAAUGCUUAAAAGCGAGUUUCUAGUCAACGAAAUUGCCGCCAGUUACACUAAACUUCGACCAAAACUGCUGGAAUUUUUGAAUGUCGAAAAAGGUCAUCAAACUCAGCCAGUGGAAGAUAGCUCAUGCAUGGAAAUUGAACACCAUUUAGCUUCUUCAGACCGUAGUAUUUCGCGAAUCAAUGAAGAAAACGGCGACGGAGACGAUGACGACAUUCAGAUCAUUGAAACGAGGGAAAAUAGGCCCUCCAAGCGUCCUGCAGAUGCAAUAUUUGCGAGUGCGAAGAAAUCGCGGAAAGAAUCACCACAAUCUGGCAUCACUUCUCUUUUCAACAGGGCCAAAAGCCCCGCUCUUCAUCAGCCAAAAUUGGCAGACUGUCCAAUUUGCGGCAAAUCUUUCCCGGUUGAGGUACUCCAAAGAACUCAUUUGGACGAGUGUUUGAGUAAAGAAGCGCUAGACAAGCCGGAGGAUAUCUCCAGCUCGCCAGUAACUGUAAAACCUGCAUUAAACCCAGUUUCAAAGGAGCUUCCGACAAUUGAGCAGCCUGACUUUGUCAGUACUACCCACUACAACCGAUAUCUCGAAUCUACAUCAAACGGCAGCGUUACCAGACUUGCCAAAAUCAACUUCUCAUCCACGAGUUUGCAGCAACUCAAACAGAAGCUUUCAUCACUCAAGUUACCAACAGCAGGAUCGCGACAGCAAAUGAUAAAUCGUUAUAAUCACUACGAAAUGCUAUGGAACAGUAACUACAUUGAUUCCAUCGAUCCAGUGGAUGAAAGCGAACUGCGAAGACGUCUUGCUAGCUGGGAAUCCAAUCAUAAUGCAUCAGACAUACCAUCAAAGUCUGGCUUUAUAUCUAAAUUCUUGAUCAAAAACCCAAUGAAAGAUUUCAAAACAGACAGAUUUGACAGAAAGGGCUGGGCGCAAGCUCAUCAGCGGGCGUUUCGAAGACUGAUUAGGGAAGCUAAAACAAGCCUGAAAAAAUCCAAAAAAGCUACGAGUGAACAUGCUGGCUCGCUGGAGCAGGAGGAUUCAACACAUUUAAAUCAGAGCGUAAGCAGCGACCUCAGCGCAGUUCCCAGCAACCAACUCGUCGCAAGAAAGGACAACAUCACAACGUGCAGCCAAGGUUCAUCUGAGACGUAA